UAGCUUCAAUUACUGUCUAAUGUAAAAGAAAAGUGCAAACUUCAUCGUUCACCGCAUCACCCAUUACUAACCCUACACACCUAUCACUUUCGGCCAAACCUUUCAAAAAUUUUCAGUGUCAUUUCAACUCUAAUUACCCCGAACAGACUCCACAAUGAGGUUCCCCCAGAUGACGAAACAAAAAAUUCGCAGCUACCCCGCCAAGAAGAGCAACAUGACCGUCGUAACGAAACGCGACACGUGCACCUGUACCUGUUUCAGUCAAUUAUCGUUGUACUACGAUUCCUUCGAGGACGAUGAGAUGUUCACGUAUGACGAGAUCACCGAGGAAUUGAUGCUGGCUAGACCUUAUCGACGGAUCAUGGUAGACCCAAGCGGUUCCGGUGAUAAGAAUCUGUCGCUACCGAUGCGCAAAAGCCUGUUCGCUCACGUCCCGCCGUUCAUCAUCUUCCACACGAAUGGAAUGUGCAAGCUACCGAUUCAGAUCACGAGACACUUGUUCUGGUGGCAGUCGAGAAAGAGGUUCGUCCCGCAGAUAGUAACUCACACGGUACGGAGAUCAGGAUUCAGGAUCACCAAAGAUUCCACGGCUAAUUGGUGCGGCACCUGGUGCAGCACGCUGGCUUAUUCGAAGCUGAGGCAGCCGAAGAAGUUCUCUAAGGUGAACCACUUCCCCAGCAGCAUCGAGCUGGGCAACAAGAUAUCGCUUUGGAGGAACUUUCGCAGGAUGAGGAAAAAGUUCGGCAUCAACGAUUUCGAUUACAUGCCGUUAACUUUCAUUUUGCCUGAAGAGAGGGAGAACUUGAGGAAGUUGAUGCAGAAGAACGGUGGAAUUUGGAUCGUGAAACCGCCGAACUCCUGCGCUGGAAGCGGGAUCAAGAUAAUCUCGCGCUUGUACGAGAUACCCAAUUACGAUUCGCUCGUGGUUCAACGGUACAUCGCCUGGCCCAGACUGAUCGACGGCAUCAAGUUCGACAUAAGACUGUACGUCCUCCUGACCAGCAUCGACCCACUCAGGAUCUACGUUUACAACGAGGGCUUGGUCCGGCUCGCCACCAUCAAGUACGUUAACAACGUGAAGUACUUGUCCGACAGGUUUAUGCAUCUAACGAACACGAGCGUGAACAAAGUUAGCCCAAAUUUCCGACCGAACGACAAUCCGUACAAAUGUAAAGGCAACAUGUGGUCGUUGAACUGCUUGUGGAAUUAUUUGGCCAGCAUGGAGAACGUGGACACUUUUAAAAUCUGGACGCAGAUCAAGGACAUCGCCGUUAAGACCGUGAUCUCCGCUGAACCCUCCCUGAUCCGAGCAUGGAAGAAAAUGUCCUUGUCGACGACGUACAAUUCUUAUCAACUUUUCGGUUUCGACGUUUUAUUGGACAAUCAUUAUCGACCAUGGCUUCUAGAGGUGAACGACUUUCCUUCGAUGGAGCCUGACACACCGUUAUGCAAGAUAGUCAAAGGCCAAUUAGCUAAGGAUUAUUUGAACCUCGUCGGUUUUCACGUGCCCGAUAUAUUGAGCGAUAAGGAACUGAAGAUGCUGAGGCUGUUGUACAAGGAGCACGGUGUUUGCUACAACCGGCAGCUAUAUUCGAACAUGUCGACAUGGGAGCAAAAGAAGAAGCAGAAUAUGUUCUUGAGGAAGCCACUUCGGAAGUUCUAUUUAAAAUCGAUACUGAGGAAUCUCACGUCGGACGACGUGAGGGUGUUGAUUAGACACGAGGACGAGAUCACGCAAACCGGCCGUUUUGAGAAAAUCUUCCCCACUGGUACCACGCACAAGUACCUCGGCUUCUUCGAAGAGCCCAGGUACUAUAAUCUGCUAUUAGACGCAUGGGAAAACGCGUACGAGCACGACCGACGGAAGGGUAUCGAGAGGCUUAGGCAACUAUGUAAGAAGAAGUAUCAUCUGUCUUGAAAGGAUCUUAGCUGAUAUCUGGUAAGGAUAUCUAGAACGAUAUUUAUCGUAUGAAACGAUAAGCCAUACUGAAUGUUCAGGAAAGAACGGUCAAGCGAAUGAAUUUUCAGUGCAACUCGAAAGUAAUUAGUUUUGUAUGAUUUGAAAAUUGGCACAGGAACGACAUACAAUUUUUAACUGUUCUGGUCAAUAAUUCAAGCCAUAAUCCAAAAUAAUUAUUCGUAAAUACAAC